CCGGGUAAUUGGUCUCUACAUUUGUAUUGUUAAUGUCAGGAUGGAGGCGUCUCAGUCCACCUAAUGAACCUUCUCAGGCUUGGUUAGCUUGUUAACUGCCAACAAAGAGACCCGGGGGUUUUCAGCUCAUUGCUCCGUGGGAGUGUAGUGUCGUGGCUGCGUGAAAAUGUGCAAGACACAAAUGCUGCGGACUUUGGUGAAUCAGCGACUAAAUGUGGCUGUCGAUGAAAUAUUUCUAGUGUUAGAAAGAACGAUAGCAGAGUUCGAGGAGGAACUUUCUCGAACAAAAGAGGACAACGAGCGACAACGUCAACUACUCGACGCUGUUUUCAACAAUCAGGUUGUGUUACAGAGAGCAGACGUUUAUGAAGAACAUAUUUCGCCUGAGCAGCAGGAGUUCAUCGCCAGGGUGGAGCAGGAGCCGCCACAACCUUGUCACAUUAAAGAAGAAGACCAGCUUCACAGCCCAGAGGAACUGGAGAAGUUCCCAGAGAUUAGUGUCACUGUGAAAAAUGAAGAUGAUGGAGACAAAGAUGAACAUAAGGAGAAGCUAGAGGUGCAGCCUUCAAGCAGCAGCUCAACACAACACAUGACAACAGAAGCUGAUGGAGGAUCACAGGCAGACAAUCUCUUAGCUCCACUGUCAGAUAGGUACGACCCAACAUCCAACGCUCCUGACACUGAUGAUGAAGACCCUAAAGCUGACAUGACAUAUCACACUGACCACACAUACUUCAAAUGCUCUCAGUGCGACAAAACGUUUAAUCAUCGUUGUAGUCUGAAAAGACACACGAAAACACACACAGGAGAAAAACCAUUUGUGUGCUCAAUUUGUGGCAAAACUUUCUAUCAGAAGGCCGAUUUUAAAAUACACACAAGAAUACACACUGGAGAGAAACCGUUUCCAUGUUCAGUCUGUGGUGCAGGUUUUGUACGUUCUCAACAUUUGAAAAGACACAUGAGAAUACACACCGGAGAAAACACAUAUUCUUGUGUAAUCUGCAGCAAAAGCUUUUGUGAGCGAACAGCACUUGUAGUACACAUGAGAAGACACACUGGUGAGAAAGUGUUCAGUUGCAAUGUGUGCAAUGAAAGAUUCUUUUAUAAGUACCAGAUUAACAAUCACAAGUGUGCUCAUGAGAACAGCAGCCGUAAAUGAAAUAUAUUUUGAUAACAAUUGUAAUAUCAUUGCUGGUGUAUAAAAUACUGCAACUGUUGUUCAUUUGCUUGUAACAUUUACAUGUCCUACAAAAGUGUUAUUUUUUUCAUCAUGAAAGGCCAAUUUAAAUUUUUGUGGGGCGGUAUAGCUCGGUUGGUAGAGUGACCGUGCCAGCAACUUGAGGGUUCCAGGUUUGAUCCCCGCUUCCGCCAUCCUAGUCACUGCCGUUGUGUCCUUGGGCAAGACACUUUACCCACCUGCUCCCAGUGCCACCCACACUGGUUUAAAUGGAACUUAGAUAUUGGGUUUCACUUUGUAAAAGUGCUUUGAGUCACUAGAGAAAAGCGCUAUAUAAAUAUAAUUAAUUUCACUUCGAGGAACGUGAAAAGAAAAGAUGCCAACGUUAAUGACUGUACACCUGUGUCAAUGUAUGAUGGUGGUUGUAACUGACUAUAAAGAGACUUUGUGUGUUAUUGUGAAUGGAAAAGAAGUCAUUGUCACUCCAAGCGAGGGUCAUAACAUUUUAGCUUGCACUUCUGUCUGGCACCGUUCAUACGUACCAAAGGUUGAAUCUUGAUCACAAGCAGGGAGAAUGGGGCGGUGGAGUCCUGGAGAUAAAGUACAGUACACCAAUUAUGCUGUUGAAUUAAAACUAUGUCGUGUCAUUCAAGUUCGAUAAAAGAACGAGUCAUCCUACAUUUCCUGAAGAGUGAUAUAUGAUUAUGUACAGAGUAUUAGCUGUGACUGGGGAAGG